AAAAUAAAUUCAAAAAAAUAUUUUUAAUUUAGUAUAAAUAAUAUUGGGAUGGACUCAAAAGCAUAGUUCUCAUACAGAGUUCGAAACAUCGAAAUGUUGAAGGAAAUUAUUCUAUUGUGUUUGUUGGUGGCCUUGGUUGCCGCCUAUCCUGACACGUCACCCUUCGAAAACAUCGAGGAUCUUCCUGAAAUUGAAAUUGAAUCUGCAGGUCCGACUUUGGAAAGAGUUCGUCGUUAUGCCCAAUGGGGCCGCGGAUGGGGUGGCUAUGGAGGCGGUUACGGAGGAUGGGGACGUCAAGGUGGUUGGGGAGGAGGAUGGGGACGUCGUGGUGGCUGGGGAGGAGGAUGGGGACGUCGUGGUGGAUGGUAUUAAUAUGAAAUAUUAUGUUGAAUAUUAAAUACAAAAAAGUUUAUUGUUAACUAUUACGUUUCAUUUUAUUCAUUUAUGAAUUAAACUUCAACAUCUUCAAGACAUAAACAAAAGAUAAAUAAAUUAAAUGUACACAAAAUUAUUAAUCAAAAUAAUAAAUGAUUAAAUUUAUA